AUGGGCAUAGCGGGCAGCAGUGAGACAUGCCGCGUCCCAAGACGCGUUUACUUGCCACGGCAAUCGUUUCGCGAGAAGGCAACUCUGAGAAAUCAGCUUUCGCACCCGAGCCAAAUCGUUCGUGCCGCGGCACCGGCAACCACCAGUCCGAAGACAUCUCAGCCUGUGGCCGUUGUCAGACGUGUUGGAUCGCCCGCAAGCACUGCUCGCAGAUCGUCGAAUGUUCUCAAGGCAUGUCUAGUCGAGGCUUCUCAACCGGGUCUGAGUGGCCACAAAGGAAGACUUGGACCUGCUGAGUCCGAGACCAAGCAAUUGGCUUCAGUGCAAUUGCCCGUCGCGAAAGCACCAGAGCCGCUUCAGCCGUUGAAUUCCUUGAAUUCUUCAAUGCGGCGACGUGCAUUGGCAUUUCAUGGAGCAUCUAUGGCCGCGAGGAAGGAAGAGCUGCUCGACAUGCAUCCGGAUCGACUGGCCAUUCAGCAGGACAUUCUGCGAGCCAGGAGCGUGGGACGCAUUCUAGCCAUCUGCACAGCAGAAGUGUUGCAAGGCAUGGACUCCAUCAACUUGGUAACUGCCCUGCAUAGGGUUGCGAAGCUGUAUGAUGGAUCGCACAUGGCCCUGGUUGACAAUCCUCGCUUUGAGCUGAUGUUGACUGAAGUAUCGUACAAAAUUGACGCUCUGAACCCACGGGGGAUGGUCCACGUGGUGUGGUCUCUGGCAAGUCUGCAGUGCUGGCCGGACUGGUCGGGAGACUUGAUCGGUCGUUGUGCACAAUGCGAAUCUUUUACCGGGCGUGACUUGAGCGUUCUACUCGGAAGCCUUGCCAAGUCGAAACCACCCAAACACUUCAAGCAGUGCGAGCAGCUGCAGGAAUCGUUGGUCAGGCAGCUCAGCGACAGACUGCCUGAGCUAACCACGUCGCUUGAUCUAGCUUGUGCCGCCGCAGCCCUUUCCCGUCUGCAAGUUCGGGAUGAGGGGCUUUUCGUUACGAUUGCACAGCAGGCAAUGCCAGUGCUAAGUGAGUUCUCAAUGUCAGACGUUACUUCCCUCCUGUGGGCGAUGGCCAUUUUGAACUUCACUCACGGUGAGCUGUGUGAGCAGAUCCGGCAGCUGCUGCGUCAGAAAGCUGAGAGUUGUUCACCAAAGGAAAUAACCCAAAUUACGUGGGCCUUGUCCCGUUUGCAGGAAGCUGACGAAGAGCUAUUGACUGAAACAAUAGCCCCCGUGGUGCGCAGCAAGUUUUUGGAUUUCGAGGCUCCCCGAGACUUGUGCACACUAGCAUUUGCAUUUAGCAAUGCGCGUGUGUUUGACGAAGGCAUCUUCACUGAUUUUGCCCACACGUUGACAUCCAAGGUCCGCAUCAUGAAUGCACAUGAUGUCUCCAGUGUGGUUGCAGCUUUCGCCGGAAUAGAGUACGCCCAUAAAGGCUUGUUCAAAGCAUUGCAGAAGCAAGCAAAAGCCAUCACAGCAACAUUCACUCCACUACAGAUCGCUCGCACUAUUCACGGCUUCGGUACUGCCGGAGUCGAGGACACAUCACUGUAUAGAGGUCUUUUUGGUCAAGUGCUUCAGCAGCGGAACUUGUUGCAUGCGAGCAACAUCGUCGAAAUCUUGAUCGGAUUGGCAGAGGCUGAGUAUGUGCCUGAGGGGCUCGAAGAGUUGUUGCGGGAUGCAAAACGGCUCGUCAAAUGGCUCGAUGGGGCAGAGUGCAUCCACGCCUUGCACGCAUUGUCUCGACUGCAGAUAGAUUCAAACGACCUGAUUCCCGAGCUCAUGAAAACAAUUCGCAGUCGUGCACAAGGAUGGUGGCGUUGCAGUCUGCAGGACAUGGCAGAUCUCGUUGAGGCAAUGGUUGGGUUGAAGUUGGAUGACUCGCUGCUUUUAAACAUCUGCGCAGGACAACUCCCACGAUUGCUGUCCAAGACCGUCGAUACACCGACUUUUCUUCGCCUGUGGGGUGCUUUCGCCGAGCUGCGUCCGCACAUGAGGGAGAGAGUUCAAGAGCGCUUGCAGAAGAACCAGCGAUUUCGAGAUGGCGUGGCUGCUUGUCUCUCUGCAGCUGCAGAGGGCAUCCGGGCCGUGAGAGCUUCAGAGAGCUUGACAGCAGCAAGAGCUGCUGCACAGCUGCUCUGUGCUUGUGCUUCGCUAUCGUGGGAUGAAGCUCCAGUCCCGGAUCUGGUGCAACUGACACAGGAGACGCUGGGGCCAGGGCUGGAAGAGGUGUGGCAGCAUGGUGAAUACCAGCAGUGGUGGCCGCAACUGGCAUGGGCUCUCGCCGAAUUGUGUUAUGACGAUCUUGCAAGGCAUGUCUUGCUUUCAUGCUUUCAGAACUCUUGUUUCAACUCCACGGAUGCAACAGGUAAGAUGCAUUUGGCCGCCGCUGUUGUAUGCCUUGGUUUUGCUGAGGAAUUUGCAGUUGCAAAGAUUCUGCUUGAUACGAAGCUCGCAAAUGAACACGAUACCGGCCGGGAUAUGGUUUUGCGGUCGCUGGAACUUGAACUGGCUAUUGCAGGAAAUGAUUUGUUGCAGGGGGCCACAUUGCCUCAUCGUGAAGUGAAGCCAUCUGGCCUUUGCAGUGCAGGUUCCCUAUAUGACUAUGCCGACCAAGUUUCAAAUACCUUGGUCGAGUUGGCUAUAGCUCACGAGGCCAAAGUGCUGGUUGGAGGGUGUCAUUAUGUACAAGCUGUCCUUUUUGGUGAAGUUGCACUGCUUAUCUUGUCUCCACGGGACUUAACUAUUUCAGGUUCAAUUCUGGCUUCUGCACGAGCGCGCACAAGACAACUGGCAUCCCUGGGGUGGAUCUGCAAAGAGUUCUAUUUCAGCGAUAUAGAGCAGGCUCUGCAAACGUCUGGAGGCUUGAAGCAUUUGCUCGCUCCCUUGAGCGUGGCAAAAUAG